UAAAAAUUGUGAAGCUAUACAAAAAUGUUAUGCUUCUAUCAAAAGAUUAUUAAAAGAAGAAAUUGAAAACAAUAAUGAUAAAGAUGUUAACGAAGCAAUAGGAAUUCUGACCAAUAUGCAAAAAGGAAUAUUUGUAGUUCAUUUAUUUAUUCUUCAAAAGGUGCUUACUAUGGUUAAUAUAUUAUCAAAUCAACUUCAGUCAAAGACAGCUACACUAGGAAAUGCGGCAAAUGUAAUAAAAAGUGUUAUUAAAUCGUUCGAAGAUUUAAGAAAUCCUGUUGCGUUUUCACAAAUGUGGAAAGAAAUAUUACAAUUUUGUGAAGACCAUAAUUUAACAAUUGAAAAACCAUUUCAAAGUUGUAAAAGAAAAAGGUUACAGCCAAAAAGCCUAUCAAGUUUUGUCAUGAGUACAACUACAAGUGCUCAAUACAACACUCCUGAGGAAUUAGAGGAAAGUAAAGAAGAUUAUUUCAGAUGUCAUGCUUAUUUUCCUAUAUUGGAUUGUAUAAUUGAGAAUAUGAAUAAACGAUUCACGCCCGAAAGUUUAGAAAUGGCAACAUCUAUAGAUAACUUUUUCAAACUAGAUUUUGCACUAAGUACUUAAUUCAUUGAUCAUUAUAAAGAUUUGUUAAGUAUUUCUGUUGAUUCGUUGAAAGCUGAAAUGAUCGUCGCUAAAAACGUUAUAAUCCAAACAUAUGGUACUUCAAAAGAAUUAAUAACUGAUAACUUAAAACUUAUUUUACAGGAAAAUGUUUACCCAAACUUGUUUCAUUUGUAUAAAGUAGCUAUAACAUUACCUAUUAGUUCUUCCACGUGUGAGAGAAGCUUUUCGGCCAUGCGCCGAAUAAAAACAUGGUUACGAACGUCUAUGUUACAAGAUAGAUUUACUCAGGUGUCUAUAUUGUACAUAGAAAAAAACGAUACCAAAAAUAUUAAUAAAGAUAUCAUUCUUAAGCAAUUCGCAGAGGAACAUAAAUAUAUUAUGUUAAAGUAAUAUUAAG